UAACCCGUUGCAGCAGCAACCCUCAGCACGGGCGAUUUUUCUACGCUGAAUUUUCAUCUAAAAAUUCAUCGUGAAUCUCUCGAAAGAAUCGUCACAAUGAAGAAUUCCGACAGUUGCUAGCAGCGAAACCAUAUCGAAUCUCGCACAAGUGCCUUGGAGAGAAAGAGACCAGCGCGGAGGUGUUGCCCUGGAAGAUUCUCGAGACGGGGCUGAUUCGAGCACAGCUGCGGCCACGAAAAUCGCGCAAUCACGGAGCCCCCAGCGUUUUGUAAAGUGUACCCGGUGAGUCCGGUGACGGGUCCGGGAUCAGCCAAGUCAGUAUGGGAGCUGAGUCCAGAUCCGGACAUGGUUGGGCACCUGCUGCCCAACAGCCCUCUGUCUGUUGGCGCAAGUCAACAUCAGGGCCAGGGCAGUUCCAAGAGCUCGAGAAACCGGCCGAGGAACGGACCCGACGACAGCGUAUACACGGACGAGGCGGCCCCGGGACAGGGACCAACCGACGAGACCAAGCGCAUCUUCGAGCUGCUGCGAGCUGGGGAAAUAGAGGCCAUCGACGAUUUGGUAGACAAAAACGGUCCUGGAAUACUGAGCGUGAGAGACGAGUGGGGCUAUACACCAGCCCACUGGGCUGCUCUUGACGGGAACAUCGAGGUGAUGCGAUACUUGAUCGAGAGAAACGGACCAGUCGAUCUGUCGUGUCUCGGAACGCAAGGCCCCAGACCCAUACACUGGGCAUGUCGUAAGGGUCACAGUGCCAUUGCUCAGCUGCUCCUCAAGUCAGGUGUAGCCGUAAAUGCAGCAGAUUUCAAAGGCCUUACUCCUUUAAUGACCGCUUGCAUGUUUGGCCGUUUCGCGACGGCGGCUUUUUUGUUGGGCAGCGGAGCCUUGGGCCACCUGACCGACAUCAACGGCGACACUGCCCUGCACUGGGCGGCUUACAAAGGUCAUUCGGACUUGAUCCGACUGCUCAUUUACAGCGGCGUCGAUCUUCAGAAGCCCGAUUACUUCGGCUCGACGCCGUUACAUCUUGCCUGUCUGUCCGGACACGUGAGCUGCGUCAGGAUUCUCUGCGAGAAGAGCAAGAUCGAGCUCGAGCCGAAAGAUAAAAAUGGCAAGACUCCGUUGCAGUUGGCCAAGAGUCACAGGCAUGCCGAGAUCGUCAGGAUACUCCAGACCGAGAUGAGGAGGAGGGCUAGGUGGAUUCCACCUGUAAAUGAGCUAUGGGCAUUACUAUUCGGCGGAGCAGGAAACAGCAAAGGUCCGUUACUGCUGUUUAUGAGUUCGGUAUUGCUGUGGGGCUACCCGAUGUACCUGUUGAAAUGCAUUCCCAUCACGUGGAAUCUCCUGCGAGGAAGUCACUAUUGUUUUAUAUACUGGAAUCUCGUAAUGUGGAUAUCUUGGAUUGUGGCCAACCGGAAGGAUCCUGGCUAUAUACCACAAAAUAGUGAUACCUACUAUAGAGCUAUAAAACAAAUUCCUUACUUCGAUAAAUGGAAGAAGCGCAACGUUUUACUGUCCAGACUUUGUCAUAGCUGUAAGUGUUUUAGACCUCUAAGAGCAAAGCACUGCCGAAUCUGCAAUCGCUGCGUUUCGUAUUUUGAUCACCAUUGCCCUUUCAUCUACAACUGUGUUGGACUUAGGAAUCGAAUGUGGUUUUUCCUCUUCGUCAUGUGCGUCGCAAUAAACUGUUCGUUCACUUUAUACUUCGCUUGUUAUUGUAUAGCGAUCGAAGGUAUACAAUUGCUCUACGUACUUGGUUUACUGGAAGCAUUAGUGUUCUGCGGACUAGGCUGGAUACUCACGUGCACUUCGGUCCUACACGCUUGCAUGAAUCUGACAACGAAUGAGAUGUUCAACUACAAGAGAUACUCGUACUUGAGAGACAAGAAGGGGAGGUACUGGAAUCCCUUUAGCAGAGGGCCAGUUCUCAAUUUUGUCGAAUUUUUCCUCUGUCCCUCGGAUGAAUAUGCCAACAACCCACAGCAUUAUCACAUAUUUCAGGACGAGAUGAUGUGACGAGGCAAGUCAACAUUUCAAUAAAAAGAGAGACGUAUGUUUCGCCGUCUGAAAAUAUGCUCAAAAAACGUAAUCCACCAAGCCUAUUUCCAAGCACUGCAUUUUUUGUAAACGUUUACAGCGUUUGCUUGUAUAUCGGAAUGGCUAAACGAAAUCGUUAUAUUUUGUAAAUUUAUAAAAUUAUAUAUUUCGUUGCUUCGCUCAAUCGAUAAUAGAUGAAUUUAACGAUGUUAUAAUAUUGUACUGUAAAAAAUAAAACAUUUUUACUACAAUAAAAAUCAUAUAUAUAUAUA